AUGGAUCCUUUGACAUUUUCAACAACUACGAGUCACCAACAAGUACCGCAACCACCUGUUCCAUCAUUGCAAGCACCUGAAGCGAAGUCGGAGGGCAAAAUCUCUAAGGAAGAAACUGUGGAUGAUUCUGAUGACUCCAGAGAUGAAGUUAUUGACUUGAUUCCACCAGACAGUAAAAUGGGUAAACUCUGGAAGCGUGUUGAACUUUUACCUGUAAAUGGGCACGUGCGGAAGAAGAUGGUUCCGUCUUCGAUUAGAUUCAGCCCUGCGGCAGAUGUUAGGAUACUUUGUGCUACUCUGACUACUCGCAGAGCACCCUUGCACAUGCCGCCUGACUAUCAAAAACUUGUACGACUCAUGGAGAAACGAGUGCCCAAACAUGUGGAUACUUUGUUUUCCACACAGUUUUCGACGUCAAUACCCACCACAGUUCCAUCUCAAAUGCCGCCAGUAGCUGUGACAUCAUUCCCGAACCCGAAUAACUAUAAGCCCACGUUUGGUCCAAUAUCGGGUGGGAUGACUCCAAACCCACCGCUGCAGAUGCCUACGAUGCAACCACCACAGCCUCACCAUAUUCAGCAGUUUCCAGCUUCUCAGAUCCGCACUCCACCGAUGAUGGGUGGUCGCAUGGGAACUCCUGUAGGCCCAGGGCCUGGAACUAUGGGACCACCAUAUGCGCCUACCUCUGGACCUUAUGGGCAGAUGAUGGCGCCUCCAAACUCUGUCCAACAACUGAACAAUUUCGUACAUGGACCUAUGUUCAAUGCGGCCAAUGGGCAAAUGAAUCAGCAUCAUCCUAUGGGUGGGAUGGGUCCAAUGGGACAACCGAUGGGCCAGCCCAUGUAUCCUGGACAGAUGCCCAUGAUGCAGCCAUGUACAACCGCUGGAUAUGGUGCGCCACCUAUGAUGGGUGGAUACGGGCCGUCAGGACCGAAUAUGAUGGGUCCACCGCAUCCAAAUGCUCCGCCUGCAUAUCCUGGUGCUCCUGGGCCACCACCUGCUUAUGGAACAUUGAAUCAGAUGCAGCCCAUACAGCCGCCUCACAUGCGUCAAAUGCCCAUGAAUCCUAUGCAACAGAUGAUGUCCUCUCAAUCGCCACUGCCAAUGAUGAACACCUACGGCGCCAAUCCCCCCGGGUCUAAUACUAAUGGAAUGCAUAUGGCGACCCAGCCAUCACGAGAAGUCAUUGUUCCUUAUGCAGAAGGCUCAAGU